UCCUUUAUACAAUUCCCCCAUUAGAUCGAGUAUUAAAAGAAAAUGACUAUUUUAUCAUAUGUUGUGUUGAAUUUGGCUUUUUGUAGUCUUUUGCAGACAUUUGACAAUAACUUUGCCGACGAAAACCCGAAUUCAUGUUUUAAAAAUAAAAAUGACUAUCAUUUCCUACCGACGAAUAAUGGACACAAAAGUAAUGAUCAUCGAUAUUCUAAUGAAGAAUUACCAACAGAUCCAAUAGAAUCAAUUGAUGUGGAAAGACAUCUGGAUGUUCCCAAUGAUCAUUUAGAUGAUGUCUAUCCGUUAAGACCACAGAAUUCUGAUCAUUAUUAUCAUAGAAAAAAACCAACAAUUAAUUCUAAAGAUUCAAAUAAACUAAAAGAAUCAUUUGGUCCAAUUGAUCCAAUAGAUGAUGUGGAUCCAUUGGUUUCUGAUAAUCCAUUGGAUUCAAUGGAUCAGAUAGAAGUUAAAGAUCAUAUUAGACAUAUGGAUGACAUGAAUUCAGUUAGUCAUUUCAACGAAGAGUCAAAAAUAUAUCCGAAAGAAACAGUUGAACCUAUUGUUCAUAUCGAUGAUGUGGAUCCGUUGAGUUCAGAAAAUACAAUGGAUUCAAUGGAUCACUUUGUUCCGAUCAGUCAUCAGGAUCACAAUGAAGAGUUGAAAAAACAUCAAAUGGAUCAGAUAGAUCUUAAAGAUCAUAUUAGACAAAAUGAUGACAUGGAUUCAGUUGAUCAUUUAGCAACGUGUGAUCAUCUAAAUAGCAAUGAAAAAUCAAAAAUAUAUCCGAGUGGUUCAGUUGAUCCAAAAGAAGCAUUGGAACCAAUUGAUCACAUAAUAGAUUCAAUAGAUAACCAUCAGGAUCACAAACCAGACCCAAAAAACAGUUGGAUAGAUUCGGUAAAAAGUGACAGUUCUAUUGAUACUAUUAAUGAAGAUAUGGGUCCAUUUGAUCCAAAGAAUUCAAUGGACACUGAAAAACCUGUAUUUCCAGUAAAUCCGAUGGCGUCUAAAUGGUUUCUCAAACGAAUGCAACAAAUUAAAGAUAUAAAGAAACAGAGAGAAGAGUGUAAAGCUGAAGAUCCAGAGUUGUGUACACUCAAACCAACUGUUCCAACUGAUUGCUCGAUAUCCAAGUGUCAGGAAGUGAAGAAACAAAUGAAGACGUGUUUCAAAUGCCAGUAUUUUGAGUCGCGUUUGUCGGACUGCAAUGAAUGCAAUGACUGUAAACCACAAUCAAAUCGCAAGUGUUUUCUGAAUACCGAAGAAUGCAAUCGUGCUUUGGAUUCGUUAAAAAUGUGCACAAAAGGAGAAUUGGAUGAUUCAGAGUGCAAGAAGAAUGUGGUAAUCAUUAGGAGAUGUGGAGAGAAAAACAGAGACUGUGAAAGUGAAAGAAAGAAAGUCAUAAAAUGUCUAAGAUGUGGAUCAAAGUCUAAGAUGUUUGAGCGAUUGAAAUGUGAAUCAAAGAAAUUUGAGAAAAAAGAGUGUUUAGAAAUUGAAGACGAAUUCCGGAAGUGCUCUUCAUGUGAAUGGAUGCGCAAAAUGUUUUGCAAGCAAAACAAAAAUACGAGAAUAAAUGAAUUUCUUUGUGAAGCUAUGAGUAGAGUCAGACCGGAAUGCUUUAACAAACAAACGACAAUUGCACCCAAAGAAGAGGCGCCAUUAGACAGGGAAAAGACCAGUGAAACACCAAUCGAUACGACGGAAGAAACGACGUUUCCAACCGAAGAGGAGGCGGCAGCCAUGGAGAGAGAAAGAUCUACGAUUACAACUACAGAGACUACUGUUUCAACUGAAGAGGAGGCGCCAAUGGACAGAGAGAAAACAACCACAGAAUUAACCACUGAGUCAACUACUGAGUCGACUACAGAGACAACGACAGAGACAACAACAGAGACAACAACAGAGACAACAACAGAGACAACAACAGAGACAACAACAGAGACAACAACAGAGUCAACCACUGAGUCAACUACAGAGACAACUGUUUCAACCGAAGAGGAGGCGGCGAUGGACAGAGAAAAGACCACAACUGAAGUGACGACAACAACAGAGUUGGAGGAUGAGGUGGAAGUGGCGAGUUUGGAAAGAGAAGCCAAACUAAUAGAUCAAAUGGAUUGUUUGUCUCUGAAGAACAAAUCGGAGACUUGCGAUGAAGACGACGAAGAAGCGACAACAACGCUAAAACCGGACGCCUCUGCAACCGAACGGCGCAAACGGGAAUUGCAGGACGAGAUCUGCGACAAAGUGUACAAAAUGAUGGACGAAAAGUGUCACGAAUCCACUACAGAAGACGAUUUAGUACCAAAUUUGACGGGAAGACCGGUUUAUAUGGGAACCUAUUUACAAAAGCCUAACAAAAGACGUCGAAAGAAAAAAACGGGAAAAGAUUUUCUUUUAAAUUCGUCGGUAACAGAAAGUCAAACCGAAACGACAAUUAUUGCGGUGCGGAUAACGACCACUCGUCGGACUGUUUUCAGGCAAUUACACAAUUUAGCCAAAAAUGCCAAACAGUUUAUGACAAAUACUACCAAUUCUUUGAGAGCGCGUAUUAUUAAAGCCAAAACUUUUCUGAAACCAAAGUCCCGGAAUCGGACAGAUUUGGCGCUCAAUAAAUCCAAAAGCGAUUAUUGGAUAGUCUGAACCUCUGGUGUCGGUAAAAGCGUAAAUUUUUUUGUUAAAAAUAAACGAAACGAA